AUGUCCGCGGCUGUCGAGUGUAUGACAUCGGUUACCAUAUCACAGACUGCCGUCAUGGACCCCUCUACCGCCGACAAGAAGCGCAACAAGCUAGGAUACCAUCGUACAUCUGUCGCAUGCGUCCAUUGUCGACGGCGCAAAAUCCGGUGUCUCGUAGCAGCAGACGACCCCCAAGGGCGAUGCGAAAACUGCAUUCGGCUGCGAAAAGAAUGCCAGUUCUUCCCCGUGGACCAGCAGCCACCUAUCGAGAAGAAAUCUCGUCCCAGUUCUCGCAUUGAGACGAUCUCAGCAGAUGUUUCCACGGCUUCAUCUUCGCCUCCGACGGCUACUGGUGAGCAAACAGAUGCCUAUUAUCCUUACCAACCCAUGCCCUUGAGUGCCGGCCCAGAGGUAGCAUCCUUCAGUGCUGCGGGCUAUCCUGCGAAUCCGAUGGCACAUUUUCCACCAGAUGCGACAGCGCCGAUGGAUCCGUCCGUUCCCUGGGACGAGUUUACUACCCUCCCAUCAGACCCCCAGAUGCUGGCAACAAUGUCCGCAGCAGGGAAACAAAUGGUCAACAUGCCUCCACAUGUAUGGAGUCAACCGGGAACUCCCAUGGCCGCCAUGCCGCCAAACCCUUCGCUACCCGGAGCACCAACCGUGCCAUCACAAUCGCAGUCUCUCAGUCCCGCUUCCCCGUAUACCGUUCAACCCGAUGGAUCAGUCUGGCAAAUGACCCCGACGCGAUCAAUGACGUUCCCCGCACAACAGAACAUGACUGCGCCGUAUGGUAGUCCCACUGGAUUCGCGCAACCAAUCCCCGCCGAUCUCAAGCGCAGAGUGACAAGCCCUGGUCAAGGCUAUCAUACCGGUCCUAUGAACCCGCAGAGUCCCCCGGCCGACCUCCAAGGUACGCCGGUAUCGGUCUCAUACGCUGCCCAGCCCACCUCAAUGGGUUACCCUAGUGCGUGGCAGGACGUAAACGGGUUGUCACAGGUGAACAUGGUUCAAUACCCUGUCUACACAGAUGCAACGACGCAACAGGCCGCGUUUGGCAGUCCCCCGAUGGGGCACCCCGGCCAACAUCAAUAA